CGGGGCCAAACCCUCUCUCUCUCUCACUCGCUCCGCCCGGCCGCCCGACUUUGACCGCCUCCUCGUCUCCGCUCCCACGCCCGCGGGAGAGAGGCGACCGGCGGCGGCGCGCGAGGAGGGGCCUACCCACCCAUCCCACCACCCCGCCGGCGAAGAUGUUCGGCCGCGCCCCCAAGAAGAGCGACAACACCAAGUACUACGAGGUGCUCGGGGUGCCCAAGAACGCCGCCCAGGACGACCUCAAGAAGGCCUACCGCAAGGCCGCCAUCAAGAACCACCCCGACAAGGGCGGAGACCCCGAGAAGUUCAAGGAGCUGGCACAAGCCUAUGAGGUUUUGAGUGACCCUGAGAAGCGUGAGAUCUAUGAUCAGUAUGGCGAAGAUGCUCUCAAGGAAGGAAUGGGUGGAGGAGGAGGUGGUGGAGUUGAUCCAUUUGACAUCUUCUCAUCAUUUUUUGGGCCCUCUUUUGGAGGUGGUGGUGGCGGCAGCAGCAGGGGCAGAAGGCAAAGGAGGGGAGAGGAUGUUGUCCAUCCACUUAAAGCUUCUCUAGAAGAUCUUUACAAUGGUACCUCGAAGAAGCUCUCUCUUUCCCGUAGUGUCCUCUGCUCCAAGUGCAAGGGCAAGGGAUCCAAGUCUGGUGCUUCCAUGAGGUGCCCAGGUUGCCAGGGGUCAGGCAUGAAAGUCACUAUUCGUCAGCUGGGGCCUUCCAUGAUACAGCAGAUGCAGCAGGCCUGCAAUGAUUGCAAGGGCACCGGGGAGAGUAUUAACGACAAGGAUCGCUGCCCAGGCUGCAAGGGUGAGAAGGUUCUUCAGGAGAAGAAAGUUCUGGAGGUUCACGUUGAGAAGGGGAUGCAACACAACCAGAAGAUCACCUUCCCUGGUGAAGCUGAUGAGGCGCCUGACACUGUUACUGGAGACAUUGUAUUUGUCGUCCAGCAGAAGGAACACCCGAAGUUCAAGAGAAAGGGCGAUGAUCUCUUCUAUGAGCAUACCAUAUCUCUCACUGAAGCUCUUUGUGGGUUCCAACUCGUCCUGACCCAUCUGGACAACAGGCAGCUGCUCAUUAAAUCAAACCCUGGUGAAGUUGUCAAGCCUGAUUCAUUCAAGGCAAUCAGCGACGAGGGGAUGCCGAUGUACCAGAGGCCUUUCAUGAAGGGCAAGCUCUACAUUCAUUUCACGGUGGAGUUUCCCGACUCGCUGGCACCGGAUCAGUGCAAGGCUCUCGAGGCUGUGCUUCCACCAAAGCCUGCAUCCAAGCUGACCGACAUGGAGCUCGAUGAAUGCGAGGAGACGACAAUGCAUGACGUCAACAUGGAGGAGGAGAUGCGUCGGAAAGCCCAUGCUGCUGCUCAGGAGGCGUACGAUGAGGACGACGAGAUGCCUGGAGGCGGUGCCCAAAGAGUGCAGUGCGCACAACAGUAAGAUAGGUUGGGCAGCAAGCUUUUUUGGGACCCAAGAUCAAGAUGCCUGCCCGCUCUUUGGGGUUUUGGCGGUGUUAUCGAUGAAGCUGAUUUUUGCCCGUAUGGCGCCGGGGCUGUAUCCAUGUCUUUUGAAAAAUGCUACGUGGCUACUCUUAAUGUAGUGUGAUACUCGUAUAAAAGCAAUCUGUUUGUGAAAACUAA